CAUCACCUAACCACUUCCACCUCCUCUCCCUCUUAGCUAUACCUUUAUAGUCAGCCUCUUGCCCUCUGCUCAACUCCACACAGAUACCGCACAUCAUGAUCCUCCGGUUCGUGAGCAAAGAGGGUCAGUUCCGCCUCACUGUCGAGCCCACGACUACCUUCCCAGACAUCCUGCCUCAGGUGGCGGAGAAACUGCCUAAGAAUGUCGAACUCGCGAGUGUCGCUGUUAGCAACAAGCCCCAGGGAGGAGACGCCAGGAAGAUUGCCUCGCUGAAGGGUGUGACCUUCCAGCAAGUUGGACUAUCACACGGCGCACAACUCUUCCUGAGCUUCGACGAGCAGUCUACGACACUGAACGGUACACCCGAAGCUCCAGCAGGAGCAGCUCGCCUGAAUGGCAAAGCCGUCGAGCAGUCCGACAUGCCCUCGGUGCCCCUCGGCGGCCCCACGCAGCUGAUCAAGAACCCAUGGGAAGUGGUGAAGCAAUCACCGCUCGACGACCAGCUCGAUAAGCUGGAUGGCAAGAUCCCACGCAAGCGCGAUGUGAGAAUGUGCACACACGGGCCGAAGGGCAUGUGCGACUACUGCAUGCCUCUAGAGCCCUACUCUGCAGAGUACCUCGCCGAGAAGAAGAUCAAGCACUUGUCGUUCCACUCGUACCUACGCAAGGUCAACUCUGCAAAGAAUAGGCCAGAGCUCGGAAGCUCGUACAUCCCGCCGCUCAACGAACCAUACUACCGCGUACGACCAGACUGCCCAUCCGGCCACAAGCCGUUCCCAGAAGGCAUCUGCACCAAGUGUCAACCCAGCGCGAUUUCGCUAAAGCCACAAGAGUACCGCAUGGUCGAUCACGUCGAGUUCGCAUCGAUACAAGUCGUCGACGAUCUGAUCAACUUUUGGAGGAACACAGGGUGUCAGCGAUUAGGCUUCUUGUACGGCCGGUACGAGGCGUACACCGAGGUGCCGCUGGGGACGAAGGCUGUCGUCGAGACCAUCUACGAGCCGCCACAGGUCAACGAGCUGGACGGUAUAUCACUUGGCGACUGGGAUAACGAGAAGGAGAUCGAUGAGAUUGCUGCGCGGUGUGGGCUUCAGAGGGUCGGCGUGAUAUUCACAGAUCUUCUGGAUGCUGACAAGGGCGACGGUUCUGUCAUCUGCAAACGUCACACCGACUCAUACUUCCUGUCUUCCCUCGAGAUCACGUUCGCAGCACGAUACCAGGCGAGAUAUCCACGGCCAUCGAAGUGGAGCGAGACGGGGCAGUUUGGAUCGAACUUUGUGACUUGCGUCAUCAGCGGCGAUGCGGAAGGGCAAAUUGGUAUCUCGUCGUACCAGGCAUCGAACUCAGCGGUAGAGAUGGUGCGCGCAGACAUCAUCGAGCCAUCAGCUGAGCCUUCGGUCAUGUUGGUACAAGACGAGGCAGACAACGAGACUCUGAACCGAUCACGAUACAUCCCCGAAGUCUUCUACAGACGGAUAAACGAGCACGGCGCGAACGUGCAGGAGAACGCAAAGCCAGACUUCCCUGUCGAGUACCUGCUGCUCACACUUACACACGGUUUCCCCAAACAACCGAAUCCUUUAUUCACAGGCGGCAAAUUCCCGAUCGAGAACCGCGAAAUCAUGGGCGAGAUGGCCGAUGUGUCGACAUUGAGCAAGUCGCUCAACGCGAAGGCGAAUGGGCUUGCGCUCAACACUACGAGCGGCCUCAACGCUAUCUCAAACUUCCACCUCCUUUGCUUUGUUCACAACCUAGGAAUACUGUCGAAGGAUGAAGAAUCUCUCCUCUUUAAGGUUGCAUCGACACACGACACAUCAGAAGGCUCAGCACUCCAGCACACAGGAGGCUGGGCAACGUUAUUAACGAUUCUAAAAGAAAGUGGAUUGCACAAGAUGGCGGACUUCUUCAAUUUAAAAGCGCGGCAACAAGCUGCUGCUCAAGCCAGCUCUUCAAAAGCUCCCAGCACAAAGCAACAGCCUGACCGCCUGCAACCAUGGGUCGAGAAAUACCGUCCAAAGACACUCUCAGAAGUCACGGCACAAGACAAUACCAUCCAAAUCCUCUCGCGCACCCUCCAAUCUUCCAACCUUCCACACAUGCUCUUCUACGGCCCGCCAGGCACAGGCAAAACAUCCACAAUUCUCGCCCUCGCAAAACAGCUCUACGGCCCCGAACUCAUGAAGUCGCGCGUCCUCGAACUCAACGCCUCCGAUGAGCGCGGCAUUAGCAUCGUGCGUCAGAAAGUCAAAGACUUUGCGCGCCAGCAGCUCAGUUCCGCACCCACAUACAACGUCAUGACGGAAGACGAGCAUGGUGGCGAAGGCAAGAUGGUGCGGUAUAGGGACAAGUACCCCUGUCCGCCGUUCAAGAUCAUUGUCCUGGAUGAGGCGGAUAGUAUGACACAGGAUGCGCAGUCUGCGCUGAGACGAACGAUGGAGACGUAUAGUAAGAUGACAAGGUUCUGUCUUGUGUGUAACUACGUUACGCGCAUUAUUGAUCCGCUUGCGUCGAGAUGCAGUAAGUUCCGCUUCAAGAGCUUGGAUCAAGGAAACGCUGUGAAGCGUGUGGAGGACAUCGCGAGGUUAGAAGGGGUGCCACUCGAUCAGGGCGUCAGCGAGGAGUUGGUGCGGGUCGCAGAUGGCGAUCUGAGGAAAGCCAUCACAUUCUUGCAGUCUGCAGCGAGACUGGUGAGCGCUACACAGACUACCAAGGAGUCAAGUCGGAAAGGCAAGCCCGUGAUCGACGGCGACGAGAUGGAUGUCGACUCCGGCACCACUCUUGUGGACAAGAAUACCGUCUCUCUGCAGUCUAUUGCGGAAAUUGCAGGCGUGAUUCCCGCGACUACGCUCAACACAUUCUCGGACUCGCUGUUUCCCAAGAGCUCAAGUCGGAGCAUACGGUAUAAUGAGAUCGCAAAGGUGGUGGAGAAUAUGAUUGCAGAGGGGUGGAGCGCAAGUCAGACUGUUGGACAGCUGUAUGAGCAGGUCAUGUUUGAUGAGAGGGUGGAAGAUAUUAAGAAGGUGCGCUUGGCUGGCGUGUUCAGCGAGACAGACAAGAGGCUCGUGGACGGUGGAGAUGAGCAUCUCGCGGUCCUGGAUCUGGGCGUUAGGGUUGCGGAUGUACUGUGCGGCGCCUGAGGAAAGGUUGUCCAAGCGCCUGGGGGCCACGAGUUUGAACGAGGUACAAAGAUGCAUUAUACCAUAUGUUUCGAUUCACGUGGAUUGUUUGCAUCUGCAGAAGCGACCUCAUGUCAGCAAAAUUCUACCUU